CUGCGGGCGCCCCUCUCCGCCCGGCCGCGCGUGCGCGGAGGCGCCGCCGAGGUCUGACGGGUGAGAGGUGAGGAGCCGCUAGCACGACCCGGGAUUGGCGCUGAGGUGGCACGCGGGGCAGGGCAGAUGUUUCUGAACCAGAUGAAGCCUGAGGAGCCUUCCAGCUCUAAGAUAGCAGGAUAGCAAACUUCUAAGUCUGGAGCCGCAGAAGGCUUGCCCUGCCUCCCAGCACGAUGUCAGGAAGCCACACACCUGCCAAUGGCCCCUUCUCAGCCCUGACUUCGAGCAUGUGGCCCCAGGAGAUCCUGGCCAAGCAGAAGGAAGAGCCAGCAGAGCAACCAGAGUUCUUCUAUGACGAGUUCGGUUUCCGUGUGGACAAGGAAGAAGGUGCUGAGCCUGGCUCCUGUCUGCUGGCAAGCACUGCCCUGACGGAGGACCCUCCACAGAGGCUGCGGUGGCAGGCUCACCUGGAGUUCACCCAUAACCACGAUGUCGGGGAUCUCACCUGGGACAAGAUCGCAGUCUCCCUACCCCGCUCUGAGAAGCUCCGCUCCCUGGUGCUGGCCGGCAUCCCACAUAGCAUGCGGCCACAGCUGUGGAUGCGUCUCUCUGGGGCCCUGCAGAAGAAGAGGAACUCCGAGCUGUCCUACCGUGAGAUUGUGAAGAACAGCUCCAAUGAUGAGACCAUUGCGGCCAAACAGAUUGAGAAGGACCUGCUCCGCACCAUGCCCGGCAACGCCUGCUUUGCCAACGUGAACAGCAUCGGGGUGCCCCGCCUGCGCAGGGUCCUCCGGGCACUGGCCUGGCUCUACCCAGAGAUCGGCUACUGCCAGGGCACGGGCAUGGUGGCCGCCUGCCUGCUGCUGUUCCUGGAGGAGGAGGACGCCUUCUGGAUGAUGUGUGCCAUCAUCGAGGACCUGCUCCCUGCCUCCUACUUCAGCACCACCCUGCUGGGCGUCCAGACCGACCAGCGGGUCCUGCGCCACCUCAUCGUCCAGUACCUGCCUCGCUUGGACAAGCUGCUCCAGGAGCACGACAUCGAGCUGUCCCUGAUCACGCUGCACUGGUUCCUCACGGCCUUCGCCAGCGUGGUGCACAUCAAGCUGCUGCUGCGCAUCUGGGACUUGUUCUUCUACGAGGGCUCCCUGGUGCUGUUCCGGAUCACUCUGGGCAUGCUGUGCCUCAAGGAGGAGGAGCUGAUCCAGUCAGAGAACUCGGCCUCCAUCUUCAACACGCUGUCAGAUAUCCCAUCGCAGAUCGAGGACGCGGAGCUGCUGCUGGGGACGGCCAUGCGGCUGGCCGGCUCACUCACCGACGUGGCUGUGGAGACCCAGCGCCGCAAGCACCUGGCCUACCUCAUUGCAGACCAGGGCCAGCUCUUGGGGGCCAGCACCACCACCAACCUCUCUCAGGUUGUUCGCCGCAGGACCCAGCGGAGGAAAUCCGCCAUCACCGCCUUGCUCUUCGGGGAAGACGACCUGGAGGCACUGAAGGCCAAGAACAUCAAGCAGACAGAGCUGGUGGCCGACCUCCGGGAGGCGAUCCUCCGCGUGGCACGCCACUUCCAGUGCACAGACCCCAAAAACUGCAGCGUGGAGCUGACCCCGGACUACAGCAUGGAGAGCCACCAGCGGGACCACGAGAACUAUGUGGCAUGUUCACGCAGCCACCGGCGUCGGGCCAAGGCCCUGCUAGACUUCGAGCGGCAUGACGACGACGAGCUGGGCUUCCGCAAGAACGACAUCAUCACGAUCAUCUCUCAGAAGGACGAGCACUGCUGGGUGGGGGAGCUGAACGGCCUGCGAGGCUGGUUUCCAGCCAAGUUCGUGGAGGUCCUGGAUGAACGGAGCAAAGAGUACUCCAUUGCGGGGGACGACUCAGUGACAGAGGGCGUCACAGACCUUGUGCGAGGGACUCUUUGCCCGGCCCUCAAGGCCCUGUUUGAACAUGGACUGAAGAAGCCGUCCCUGCUCGGGGGUGCCUGCCAUCCCUGGCUGUUUAUCGAGGAGGCAGCUGGCCGGGAGGUCGAGAGAGACUUCGACUCCGUGUAUUCCCGCCUGGUGCUCUGUAAGACAUACAGGUUGGAUGAAGACGGCAAAGUCCUGACCCCAGAGGAGCUGCUGUACCGGGCUGUGCAGUCUGUGAAUGUGACCCACGACGCAGCACACGCACAAAUGGACGUCAAGCUCCGCUCACUGAUCUGCGUGGGGCUCAACGAGCAGGUGCUGCACCUGUGGCUGGAGGUGCUCUGCUCCAGCCUGCCGACUGUGGAGAAGUGGUACCAGCCCUGGUCCUUCCUGCGCAGCCCUGGUUGGGUCCAGAUCAAGUGUGAGCUCCGCGUCCUCUGCUGCUUUGCCUUCAGCCUCUCCCAGGACUGGGAGCUCCCUGCGAAGAGAGAGGAGGAGAAGCAGCCGCUCAAGGAGGGCGUCCAGGACAUGCUGGUGAAGCACCACCUUUUCAGCUGGGACAUAGACGGGUGAUGCUCUUCCUCCAGCUGCCCUGUCACACCCAGGCCUCACCCAACCCACUGACUACCAAAGAGGCCCAGCCAGCCUCAGGCCUGCUCCGGGACGGGUCUGAGGUGGCCCAGGCCCACCCCAAGCUGUGGGGUCUGGGGAAGAUGCUCUCUAGAGCCCUGUGACUGGGAGAUCAGGGUCUCCCCAGAGCACUGCUGGUGGCAGGAACAGAAGGUGGGUGCCCAGCCUACCUCUUCCUCCUGAGCGCCUGGGAGGUGGGAGCUCGGCCUCCCCAGGCCCUUAGUGAAGCCCCAGGCCCCAACUGCAGUUUGUACCGACCAAACACCUUGUGAGGAGGUGGAGAGCUGCACUUGUGUGUCAGUCUUUGCUCAGGAAGGCAGGUGUGGGGUGGCUAAUGGCAGAUAAAGGCUCCUUGGCCUCUUUGGUUUGUAAAUAAACUAUGUCUUUGAGAAA